UAAACCCUAUGGACAAAAAGGAAAGGAAAUCCAGUGACAGGGACUUGGAAAAGAAAAGAAAAGAAAAGAAAACGAAAUUGAAAUGAAAAUGAAAAAUUUAUGGAAACAAAACAGUGACUGUAUCAAAACUAUAUCCACUCACACUCUCUCUCCACAAUUUAUUUCCUUAUUAAUAAAGUCAUAUUCUAGGAAUACACCAACAAUCCCUUUUUUUCCCCUUUCUAUAUAAACUAUACCAUAUUAGCACCAUUUUGAACGCAUAGGGUUUCCUUGUUAUAUCUGCCUGAUCUGAAGGAAAACCCUAACCGCCGAUUCCUUCCAACUAGCCGUUACCCGAUUAGUUCUCCGUCGAUUUUGUUUAUCUUCCUCCGGCUAUUCGCCGUCCACCGAUUAGUAGCCGUUGGAUCUAUCAUUUUCGGUUGCAUUUGGUUGUGUGUGAGUGAUUUUUUGAAUCUUUCUACCGUUAGUUCGCCGGAGACGAUUGGAGAUGUCGGUGGUGGAGGACGAGAAGAAGGUUGAGGAGGAGGAGGAGGCGGUGAAGGGUGGAGAGCUGUUGUUUUGUGGUGCUACGAAUUGGAACACCAUUGGCCGGAGCAAGAAUGCAGAUGGGAACUUGCCUUCUCCCACUCGGCUUCGACCUCUCGUCGGCGUUAACAUUUGGUUUGUUGCCGCGGGUGGGGCAUCCUGUCAUUGUGUUGCAUUGGAUGUUGAAGGUCGUUGCUACACUUGGGGUCGCAAUGAGAAAGGGCAACUUGGUCAUGGAGAUAGAAUACAGCGUGACAGGCCAACGGUUGUGUCUGAACUGUCGAAGUAUAAAAUCAUUAGAGCAGCGGCCGGGAGGAACCAUACUGUUCUAGUAACUAAAGAUGGCCUCUCAUUAUCAUUUGGCUUGAAUAAACAUGGACAGUUGGGUUUAGGCUCACUUAAAAAUGAAGUUGAAUCGUCUCCCGUUCGUUGUCUUGUAUCUGAUGUAAAAAAUAUUGCUUGCGGAGCUGAUUUUACUGCGUGGUUAACUUCUGUCGAAGGAGCUUCUAUACUAACUGCUGGUCUUCCACAGUAUGGUCAACUUGGACAUGGAACGGACAAUGAGUACAAUACUAAAGACAGCUCUGUGAGGCUUGCUUAUGAAGCCCAACCACGCCCUAGAGCCAUAGCCUCUCUUGCUGGAGAAACCAUUGUUAAAGUUGCUUGUGGAACAAACCAUACAGUGGCGGUGGAUUCGAAAGGCUAUGUUUACACGUGGGGCUUUGGUGGUUAUGGGAGGCUUGGACAUAAAGAGCAGAAGGAUGAGUUUUUACCUCGUCGUGUUGAUGUUUUUACAAAGCACAAUGUUUUGCCUCCUGAUGCAAUAGUUUCAGCUGGUUCUGCCAACUCCGCAUGUACUGCUGGUGGAGGGCAGUUGUAUAUGUGGGGCAAAUUAAAGGGCACGGGUGACGAUUGGAUGUAUCCUAAACCUCUUAUGGAUUUAAGUGGCUGGAAUAUACGUUGCAUGGAUUCAGGCUAUAUGCACCAUUUUGUUGGUGCUGAUACCUCAUGCAUAAGUUGGGGCCAAGCUCAGUCAGGGGAGCUGGGUUAUGGACCUCAUGGGCAGAAAUCUUCUGCGAAUCCCAAAAAAGUAGAGAUCCUCGAUGGCAUGCAUGUUAUAAGUGUUGCAUGUGGAUUUGCCCACUCCAUGGUGGUGGUUGAUAGAGCAAAUGUUCUUGACCGUCUUGAUCAGCUCGACAUCUAUGAUGGCAAAGCUUCUGGGGAAGGGAAUGAAGAACCUGAGAGCGAAAGUCCAGUAGCUGAGAAAACUUCUAAAAAGAGUGCUGUUAAAGGAUCUGACAACUCCAAGAAGAGGAAGAAAUCAAAAGAUUCGUCAGAGUCGGAAGAGGAUAGUGAUGAUGGCAGUGAUGAUAGUGAACAGGUCAAUGGGAAGGCAGAACAGAAGAGCCAACGGGGUAGAAAGGCUGCUGGUAGAGGGCGGGGCAAGGGGCGCCCUCCUGCAGAGAAGAAAAGCGCACCGAGUGCUGAAGGGAAAGGGAAAUCAGCUAAGAGGGGAAGACCCAAGAAGCGAUAAGCAUCAUUUUCCCGGUUCAGAUCAGAAAUUUUGUUCUCUAUUUAGAGAAGUGUACUGUUGCAUUUAAUUGCUUCCUGUAUUUGCAGUGUUUUUAUUCACUAGCACAAUAUAUUGCUGCGUUCAUGUCUUGAAAAUGGUCCUCCCGAAUUAACUAACUAUUUAUUCUUGAGGGCUGUGAGAAAAGGGCAAUUGUUUCAGAGGUUGACUUGUACCUGAAUUUCAAUUUUACAAAGGAAUUUUGUCUCUUCUGUAGUUGUUAAAUCAAUUCUCAGAUUUUUUUUUUAGGGG